AUCCAUGAAGUAACUAACUUACUACUGAGAUGUUGCUUCCCGCAACUCAUUUCCACUUCUUCCACGCCUUUCCUUCUUCUUCUUCUUCGUUGCACUUUCUCCCUCUUCAAUUCCCCAAAACUAAAACCAAAUUCAUCAUUCGUUGCUCCACUUCCAACACUCAUACCCGAAACCAAGCCCAAACCCGAACCCGCCGCUCCUCCGCAAUUCAACAAAUCGCCGAGAAGCUCCGCAGUCUCGGCAUCACCGAACCGCCUCCCUCCUCCUCCGGCGGCGAAAUCCUCGUGCCGUUUCCGCACGAACUCCCGAAGCGGCGCGUGAGCCACUCGUUCGAGCCGAGCUGGAGCACGCCGCUGAACCCGGUCCCGGUCCCGGGGACCGGCAUCGCGGCGCUGAGCGAGAGCGAGGUGGCGAGGCAGAAGAAGGUGCGGAGAGAGGAGCUGAGGAGGAGGAAGGAACCAGUGCCGACGCUGGCGGAGCUGAGCCUCCCGGACUCCGAGAUCCGGCGGCUCACGACGCUAGGGUUCGCGGCGAAGCGGAAGGUGAGGCUGGCGAAGGCUGGCGUCACGGAACGGAUAGUGAACGUGAUUCACGACUGCUGGCAGCGUUCCGAGGUGGUGAGGAUCGUUUGUGAGGAAUUUUCGAGGAUUGACUUGAGAAGGACUCAUGAGUUGUUGGAGAGAAAAACUGGAGGCCUUGUUGUUUGGAGAUCUGGUUGUAAGAUAAUAUUGUACAGAGGGAUUGAUUAUAAGUAUCCUUACUUUCUACCAGAUACGGUUUUGAGACAAGAAAACACUAGUGAUGCUUUGCAACAUGUUGAAGAUGAUGAUAAAUAUUGUGACAAAAGUGAGAGCCACUUAUUUGACAUAAAUUCAGCACCAUGUGCGGUGCAGAGUUCAAAUGUUGAAACAGCAAAACCAGCUCUGAUAUUAGGUUUAGGUACUCCCAAUAUAGUACGGUUUCAAUUGCCUGAUGAGGCAGAGCUUGCAGAAGAUACAGACUGCUUGCUAACAGGGCUUGGGCCACGAUUUACUGAUUGGUGGGGAUGUGACCCUCUGCCUAUCGAUGCUGAUCUUCUACCCACUGUUAUUCCUGGAUAUAGGAAACCUUUUCGCCUUCUUCCAUAUGGUGUGGAGCCUAAACUAACAGCUGAAGAAAUGACCACAUUGAAGAGACUUGGCAGACCUUUACCCUGUCAUUUUGCAUUAGGUAGAAACAGGAAACUUCAAGGACUGGCUGCUGCAAUUAUUAAGCUUUGGGAAAGAUGUGAGAUUGUCAAGAUUGCUGUAAAGAGAGGUGUGCAGAAUACUAGCAGUAAGAUAAUGGCUAGUGAGUUAAAGUAUCUGACUGGGGGAAUUCUCCUUUCUCGGGAUAGAGAAUUCAUUGUUUUCUAUAGAGGAAAGGACUACUUGCCAGAAGCAGUGUCUUCAGCCAUUAAACAGCAGAAGAAUAUUGUAAUGUGCAAACUAAAGGCUCGAAACAGUUCGUCAGUUACAGUCACUCCAGACCAGAAAGAUGGAACCGUAGAGUGUGAUUCUGAAGUAAAGGGUAUGAACUUCCAUAAGGACACUAAACGACAAAUGUUGACUAAGGCUGAAGCAGCUAUUAAAAGAACUAGCAUCAAAUUGUCAAUGGCAUUAGAAAAGAAAGAAAAGGCUGAAAGUCUUCUAGCAGAGCUGGUAGAGAUCCCCCAAGAACAAGAAAUAGAUAAAGAGGGUAUUACAAAAGAAGAGAAAUGUAUGUUGCGAAGGAUUGGCUUGACAAUGAAGCCCUUCCUGUUACUAGGUAGAAGAGGGGUUUUUGAUGGAACGGUGGAAAAUAUGCAUCUACAUUGGAAGUACCGGGAACUUGUGAAGAUAAUAUGUAAUGGAAGCCUGGAAGAUGUGUAUCAGAUAGCUCUGACCUUAGAGGCAGAAAGCGGUGGAAUAUUAGUAGCAGUAGAGAGAGUGAGAAAGGGCUUUGCAAUCAUUGUGUAUCGUGGAAAGAAUUAUAGUUGCCCUGCUUGUUUGAGGCCUCAAACGCUUUUAAAUAAAAAGCAAGCAUUGAAGCGUUCUAUAGAGGCACAGCGCCGUGAGUCGUUGAAGCUUCGUAUUUCGACAUUAGAUAAGAAAAUAAAAGAAUUGAAACUUCAAAUGGUUGAAGAUAAGGAGGCAAACAGCAAGCAGAUAGCUGAAGCAUUGAAAUUUGACAUGGCUACAGACAAAUAUGAAGCCUUUUCAGAUUCUAUAAAUUGGAAUUCUGCUAAAGAAGCUUCUGUUGAUGAUCAACAACCAAUAUGGGAGCAGCCAGUUGAGCUGAUUGAUAGUGGCGGACCUCAGCAAGGUGAACUGAAAAAUUCCAUAAAUUGGAAUUCUCCCAGAGAAGCUUCUGUUGAGAAUAAACAAGGAAUACAGGAGCAGCCAGUUAAGUUGAUUGAUAGCGGUGGAGCUCAUCAAGGUGAACCAGAAAAUUCCAUAAAUUGGAAUUCUUCUAAAGAAGCUUCUGUUGAAAAUUUACAAGCAAUACAGGAGCAGCCAGUUGAGUUGAUCAAUAACGAUGGAGCUCAUCAAGGUGAACCAGAAAAUUCCAUAUGUUGGAAUUCUUCUGGAGAAGCUACCAUGGACAAUCAACAAGCAAUACAGGGGUGUCCAGUUGAGCUGAUUGAUGGUGGUGGAGCUCAUCAAGAUGAACCGGUACCCUGGCCUAGUUUGAUUCCUAAAGAAACACAGUUGGGUGGAGUGAGUGAUUCUGUGACUGAUACUGAGCAUUGUAUCUUUAAUAGCAAGGCAAUGGAAUCACCAAUCUCAUUGUCCAAAAAAGUUGAUCCUGAAUCAUCAGUUCCAGUGGUUAAUGUGAGUUUGCCUUCUAAAUCUGUUCAUCUUUCCACCAAAGAGAGACUUCUACUACGGAAGCAGGCCUUAAAGUUGAUAAAGGAACCUGUCCUUGCCAUAGGAAAGAGCAAUAUUGUGUCUGGUGUUGUGCAAACAAUUAAAGCUCACUUCGAAAGGCACCCACUUGCUAUAGUUAAUGUCAAAGGAAGGGCAAAAGGGACCUCAGUUCAGGAGUUGGUGUUCAAACUAGAGCAAGAAACUGGCGCCCUUCUAGUCUCUCGGGAACCUAGCAAAGUCAUACUUUACAGGGGUUGGCCAGCAGAGAAACCUCGCCCUGCAAUACAUGUUAAUAGAGUGAGUAAUGAGGAAGAGACAAAGCCCGGUGUCGCUCUUACAGACAGGGUCAGGUUCAGGAAAAGAAGAAUAAGUAGGACAGGUAAAAGAAGAAUAAGUAGGACAGGGAAAAGAAGAAUAAGUAGGACAGGCACAAGGUCAAAUCUUUUUUUAAGGAGAGAUUCCAGAUCCACCUUUAGCCCUGUGAAGUCAGGGAGAAGAAAUUUGGGGUGAUACGAGAAUAUUGAAAAAUUUUAGAGGGAACAAGAACACCAAACAUGACUGGAAAAGAAGAAAUACUAUAGAGAAGAGCCUAUACUAAUUUUGAAGCCAUCGUUCACUGCUCAAGUGCCUAGUGUUUAUUUUUCUGUCGAACAGUUUUUUCUCUGGGACUGACUUAGAUGUCUCGUAAUGUCUCCCAGGUACUUGACACACAGGGUCUUGUUCGAUAUGCUUGAAUCAUAUUUGAGCAGAUAGUGAUUUAUUUUAAUAGAAGAAAACAGAAGAGAAAAAUUGUGUUAUACACAGAUGGAUAGGAAAGAAUGGAAAAAAGAAUAAAGUUGUCUUCAUUGAUUGGAAUUUUGGAACUGUAUUACAUCCAUGUCCGAUAUUUCUAUAUUUUCAAGUCUAUAUUUAUACACUAUACAAAUUUGAAGCUCCA